AUGCUCAGUGCCUCCUCUUCCAACAACCACUCCCUCUUCUCUUUCGGGGCUGGGAAUGGCGUGUCCAAUAACGUGACCGACAUCGCCAACGCAUCCUUCGAGUUUCUGCCCUCGGUCAGCUUCGACGACCUCCAGAGCAGCCUCGAGUCUGCCUCGACCGACUUCAAACUCACGCAAUUUCCUUCACCGACUGGGCAGGGAACAAUUUUGGGCGAUCGAAGUGCGGGCAACAACCACAACAUGGUCGAGCGCCUCGACAUGACACGGCCAAGCGCCGCUGCCCAUGCCUUGCCUCAGCAGCCUGCCAUCACGCGUUCACGAACAGGCUCAAUUCUACGAAGACCUAGCACGUCAAGCAGGCCGCCUCAACCUAGCACUGCUUCUACGCCAUCUGGUAACCCAGGCGUGCCCAAUGCUCCCACUGCUCCGGCUGUCAUGCGUGCGCGCCGACAAAGUCAUUAUCCCCCAGUCUCCAACCCCAAUCCCGCCAAGCCGCCACGGAAGUCAACUGGAGAUGUUCAGCUGGGAGAGGCUCAGGUCAAAGAGGUUCAGACCCGAAAGCGGAGACCUAGUGCGGUGUCUUUAUCAGACAGGCCCGUCCUCGAGGCUUCGAGAGCGUCGGUGGAUGUUGCACCUCGAUCUACGGUAGUGGAGAGCAUGCGGCACCUGACAAGCUCGAGAGCAUCCAAGGCAAGGUCUGUGCAGCCAUUGCCCAGAUCCAACCAGGAUAUGCUCACACCAGACACCACGCUCAAACCCGAACAUACUCACAUAGCCAUGGCAAUGCCUCGCUCCCCCAACAGAGUUGCCGCCAAGGGUUCUACUCCAAGCUCAGCGAAGCGGAUAUCUGUCAUGCCAGGAACUCAUCAUGCCAGUCACGCCACUGGACUGGGUGCACGAACUAUCAGCCCUACCGAUACAAGACGAAUGAAACGCCUAUCUACGAUGCACCACGUUCAACAGGGCCCUGUUGCUGGCGCUUCCGCCGCGCUGCCCCAUCCACCACCUAUUUCGGCCGACGGUCGCGCCUCGUCUCGAUCCCCUUCUAUGCUGCCUCGAAAGAUCUCGACCCCUUCGUCUUCACGAACCACGCCCGACCACACCAGAAAGUCAUACAGCUCAGGUCUGUCCGUCAACUCAAGCACCAGUCUCAACACGGUGCGGACGUCCACUGGCUCUAUGCAGCAGCGAGCCAUGCAAGGUGCAAACAGUUCGCGAUUGCCUGCCCCCAAGGCGCUCAAUCUUCACAAUUCGGCGAGCUUUGACAGCAGCGAGGAAGUGCCACCGGUGCCCGCGAUUCCAAAGGCGUACGAGUCUCCAAAGGAGGCGCAUCUCGAAGCUGCUUCGUUUCUGGAGAAGAGGAGGUCCAACCUGGCCUAUGAUGCCAGCAGCAUCCAUAGCAAUUCGACAGCGAGUAUAUCGGGCGCGCAGACGAGUGAUUCAGCACCUGCCAAGCUUCAACGUAAGCCAAGUAACAGGAAGACAGUACACACCUCGAAGCUGGAUCUCGAGAAGAAUCCUGCGGCAGCUCAGUCGAAGAAGAGCUUGCAACCGCUGCGGUUGCCGCCCAUCACCCUUGGUCCCCUCAGCACCCCAACCGCGGCCAAGAUUGCUGCUCUUCAAACUCAUGGUGACAGAAAUCUCUCCCCGCCCCCAUCAAGGCAGAUCCCAAAAACGCCGACGACUCCCAUGACGGCAUCGAAGGGCACAUUUUUUGGAAGAAUACGGCCUGAAGACAGGGCCGAUAUACAGCAUCUCAGGAGCAGCGCGUCGGUGCAGAGGCUCCAUCGUGAAAGUCCUGCCACUACGGCAGAGCCACCCACCAGUUCUACUGAGUCCUUUGCCGGUGUGAAGAAUGGAACCGCCAGAUCAGGGCCGUCGCCUUUCUUGAGCCAGUCGGUGCCGAAAGGAGGGAACUUCGAGACUACUUUGUUCAAAAGGUCAAAAACUGGCGGGGAUUUCACCCAGCCUUUGGAUGCAGCAGCAGACGUGCCAGUUCAACACAACAAGCCCUCGGGGCCCCGAGCGCAAAAGUCUGUCGUGACACGGCCUGCAGGUGGAAAUUCCCCGCCACCGCGUCCCAGUCCGGAGGAGCCGCCCACUCCUUCUUCCAUGAGCUCUCUCAGGCGCAAAUUGAGCUUGUCCUGGAAGAGAAGCGCCUCCAAAGCCAGCGGAAGCCAAGGACAUCACGGAGAGCAAAACGCCGUCAAGCAUGAUUCAAUGCCACCGCCGAGGAUUCCUGUCUCGGCAACUCUGAACAACCUUCCCACCGGCAAGCCUCCAAGUCCCACUCCGUCCACGAAAUCCAAUGGCAAUGGGACAUAUCUGGAGUCACGAAGACGGAAGAGCUCGGCCUCCAGCUUGAAUGCGGUGCUUUCUGGGGAACGAAAUCGCGGUGAUACCGGUACAGCAGCUAAGAAGGAUUCGACCCUGGGAACAGUGAACGAGCGUGCCACGGUUCCCCACAACUCGUCUGUGGUGCAAAGGAUACUGAAACCUAAGGGCUCUACGGCAACUCUUCGACACCACGACGUUUGGAAUUCGGAACUCGACAAGGACGAUUUGAUUGCAGAAGACGAGAUGAGGAAGCUUGGUUCACGGCGUAAGGAUACUGAGCUGGCAGCCAGAACUUUGGAUGCUCUCCGCAAACGUGCCUCGGCCAAGGAGCGCGUCAGCCCUCAAGAAGCCAUCAGAAUUGCAGUUCUCAAUAUCUACGAACGGGGAGAGAUUGUGGACUAUAAGGACAUCUACUUUUGCGGCACACAAAACGCGGCAAAGGUUGUGGGUGAUGUUCAGUCGGAGAGUCCCAAUUUCGGCUACGACGAUGAGCGCGGUGACUACAGCAUCGUACCCGGUGACCAUCUUGCGUAUCGCUAUGAAAUCAUAGACGUGCUCGGAAAAGGAAGUUUCGGUCAGGUGGUACGGUGUAUCGACCAUAAGACUGGCGUUCUCGUGGCCGUCAAAAUCAUCCGCAACAAGAAAAGGUUCCAUCAGCAAGCCCUGGUUGAGGUCAAUAUUUUACAGAAACUCCGCGAAUGGGAUCCCAAAAACAAACACAGCAUGGUCAACUUUACGCACAGCUUUUACUUCCGAGGACAUCUUUGCAUCUCCACCGAACUAUUGGACAUGAACCUCUACGAAUUCAUCAAAUCGAACGCUUUCCGGGGUUUCUCACUGAAGCUGAUCCGCAGAUUUACCAAGCAGAUGCUGAGCUCGCUCAACCUACUAAAGCAGCACAAGGUUAUCCACUGCGACUUGAAGCCCGAAAAUAUUCUCUUGCGCCACCCUCUUCACUCGGAGAUCAAGGUUAUUGAUUUCGGUUCGAGUUGUUUUGAAACGGAAAAGGUGUACACGUACAUUCAGUCCCGGUUCUACCGUUCCCCCGAAGUUAUCCUUGGUAUGCAGUACGGUCUGCCCAUCGACAUGUGGUCUCUGGGUUGCAUUCUCGCCGAGCUCUAUACGGGUGUGCCAAUUUUCCCUGGCGAGAACGAGCAGGAGCAGCUGGCCUGUAUUAUGGAAGUGUUUGGCCCACCGGAAAAGCAUCUCAUCGAGAAGUCGACACGUAAGAAGUUGUUUUUCGACAGCAUGGGCAAACCUCGCCUCACCGUCUCCUCAAAGGGCCGUCGCAGACGCCCAUCCUCAAAAACACUACAACAAGUGCUCAAGUGCGACGAUGAAGCAUUUUUGGACUUUAUCGCACGCUGCCUCCGCUGGGAUCCCGACCGCCGCAUGAAGCCUGAAGAGGCGAUUCGCCACGAGUUCAUCACUGGCCAGAAGACAUCUGUCCCCAUCAGAAUGCGCGAAGGGUCCCCCAGCAAGCGUACCAAUAGCAUCUCGGCCCCCAGACCCCUUCCCGAGCCUCCAGCAGCCGUGAGGGCCGCUACUAUGCGAGCGCGGGAGGCUUCCGGUCCCAACAACGGGUCGGUCGGUACGAAAACCGGAAGCAUGCCAACAGCCACGGCCCGUAGGACCUCCAACAUGAGCACCGCAUCUAGCAUGAAUGGCAGUAUCUCCAGUGUGAAGCGUACGAGUAACGGAACCACAACGACUUAUACCAACGGCAAUGGCACCAUCGGCCCCAGCAGUUUACCUAGAGCAUCUCUGCGCAGCGUGAGUGGUGGGGUUGGGCCUGUGGGCCUGUCCAACAACUCCAAAACAGACCUUGCCGCAGCAGGUGCAAACGCAGCCAUGAGUCGCCGCGCAUAG